CACACCAGCAGCAGCAUGGCUUGCAAGUUGAUCGUCUUGGCCGCAGUGGUAGCAGUGGCGCGGGCAGGCUACCUGCGUGCCGCCCCCGCCAUCGCCGCCCCCGCUGCCGUGGCUGCCGAAUACGACCCCAACCCCCAGUACAGCUACGGGUACAACGUGCAGGACGCCCUCACCGGCGACUCGAAGGCGCAGCAGGAAACCCGCAGCGGAGACGUCGUCCAGGGCAGCUACAGCGUCGCCGAACCCGACGGCUCCAUCCGCACCGUCGACUACACCGCCGACCCCGUCAACGGCUUCAACGCCGUCGUGCACAGGGAGGGCGGCGCUCACCCCGCCCCCGCCUACGCCGCCGCCCCCGCGCUGGCCUACGGCAAGGCCUACCACGGCUAGUCUCGUCUUUUAACAAUCCUGUU